CAAUCGAUAUUUUUUUAUAGCUCGGUCGAUAUUUUCGUUUUUCUGCGAGUUAAAAGACAUCAAAUAUUAUUAAAAUUUGUGCAAAAAUCGAGCAAAUUGCAAGAAAAUUCGCGUUUGUCGUUCCCAGACACAAGAAAAAUGUUCAAAUUAUAAGAAAAUCAACGAAUAUAAUUCGCAAGAAAACAUAUAAAACGACGUCGUCUACGUCUUAAUUUUUUUCUGAAUUUUCAUUGUGUGUGGAAGUGCACGACAUUGAAGUUCCAUAACUGCUGAUUUGCUGCUGUCCGUUGCUGUUGCCGUCGUCGUCGUCGUUGUCACCACCAUCACCACCACCACCGUUGUCGUCUGCUUGUCUGUCUCCAUUAGUUGAGUUCAUGACUGCUGCUGUAAUUUUUUGGAGUAGUCACUUUUGUUAUGACAUAUAUCUGCAUUCAGUAGUGUCAUUGGAUUAAAUCGAAAUUCUAAGCAGCCGACGAGAAGGGAGACCUACCAACAAAAAACCCAUAUUGUGUGGUCAAAAGUGCAAAAAGAGAAAAGUGUGUCCACCAUCCCAUAACACAUCAUAAUAAUAUCGGACGGUGCGGACGUUGGUCUUGGGCCAUAUAAAAUUGUAGAAAAAGUGUUACUGUGAAACAGUUGUCAAUUUCUUUUGUGAAAAAUAAAACUAUUAACAAAACACACAACACACACCGAACAAGAAGAAAACAGCAAGAGGGGGAGGAGAAGGUGGAGAAACAAGUAUUAAGCCCUUAGAAGGCAAUUGAAAUAUGGUUAGCACCAAUCUAGUGGUGCCUGUUGUGCUGUGGGGGCCAUCGGCCCCCACUCAUUGUGUGUCCAGUGUUUAUUUGUCUGAUGAUCAAACCACAUUGGCAACUGGCUGCUACGAUGGACAAAUCUGUUUGUGGCACGUCGAACCGGGUACCCUGAAAAUGUCACCGCGCUGCCUCCUAGUGGGUCACACGGCACCGGUUCUAUGCCUGGUACGGGCAUCCAUUAUGACAGACAGCAACUUUUUGGUAAGCUCCUCGGAAAAUGGCGAAAUGUGCACAUGGGAUAUGACCGAUGGCAAGUGCAUGGAAUCGGUGAAAUUACCUCAGGUUCAUACACAAAUCCAAAGUUAUCAUACGGCGAACAGUGCUGAUUUGCAUCUCUUCUGUAUUGGUUAUUAUCCCGAAAUAAUGGUAAUGGAUCCCAUUAGCCUGGAAGUGAUAUAUACGCUGAGUUCGAAAGUUAAGCCCGAUUGGAUAUCGGCAUUGCAUGUUUUGAGACCAAUGCGGCGUAAAGACGAUGUGGUGCUGGCCAUUACAACGACCGGAACUGUAAAGGUCUGGACACUGGUGGGCAAUGAGAACAAACAUGCCGAACCCAUCUAUGAGAAUGAAUCGAAGGAGAUCCGCUGCCUCAAUGCCAUCACCAUGAACUGUUGUUCACAGAAUCAACGAACGGUGCUGAUUGUUUGCACCAAAUAUUGGCAGAUCUAUGAUGCCGGUGAUUUUACAGUACUUUGCUCGGUCAUUGCACCUACACGAGAACGAUGGCAGGGCGGUGAUUUUAUUAGUUCGGAUCGUGUAAUGCUUUGGACCGAUGAGGGCAAAGGUUACUUGUAUAAAUUACCUGCAAAUUGUAUACCUGACAAUAAGGAGUUCCAUUCGAAGAGUGUGGUUCGAGAUGCCCCAUAUUUGUACUAUGUGUUGCAGCAUCCUGGCGACAAGGUGUUAUCGUGUCCACCAGCCAUGAGACUGAUACGCAGUGAACCCGAAGGAAAACCAGUUUCACAUUGCCUGCUGCGUGGUGAUUCGGAGGGGUUCAUUUCGGUGUGGACCGUGCCCGAUGUUCCUCUGGAUAAUAUAAGUAUUUUACAAGCAAAACAAAUGCCUCCUCGUACAUUGAAACCGUCGGUUUGUACAUCUCUCAUAGAGGCCUGGUCCCUGAUGGAUCCACCGCCAGUUGGUAUUUUGGAUCAAUUGGCCCGUAUCACCGAUCAUCCAGUGAAAUUAACAUCCAGCAUUUAUUUGCCCCAACAAAGUCGUCUGGUCAUUGGCCGGGAGGAUGGUUCGAUUGUCAUUGUUCCGGCCACCCAGACAGUAAUGAUGCAGCUAUUAGUGGGCAUCAAACAGAACUUCAGCGAAUGGCCCUCACAUCAGAUAUUGUAUGGCCACCGAGGUCGGGUCAAUUGUCUGUUGUGCCCCUCCCUGGUGCAUCCGCGCUACGAGAAGUCUCUGUUGCUCUCAGGAGGUGUGGAUUUCGCCGUUUGCCUUUGGGAUCUUUACAGUGGCAGUCUAUUGCAUCGCUUUUGUGUACACGCGGGAGAAAUUACGCAGCUAUUGGUGCCCCCUGAAACGUGUAGUCCACGUAUAUUGAAAUGCAUUUGCUCGGUGGCCUCCGACCAUUCGGUCACCUUGCUCAGCUUGCAGGAACGCAAAUGCAUUACACUAGCCAGUCGCCAUUUGUUUCCAGUGGUAACCAUCAAAUGGCGACCAUUGGACGAUUUCCUCAUUGUUGGCUGCUCAGAUGGUUCGGUAUAUGUUUGGCAAAUGGAAACUGGCCACCUGGAUCGCGUUUUGCACGGCAUGUUAGCCGAGGAGGUAUUGGCGGUUUGUGACGAGCAAAAUGCCGAUGAAUCGGGCUGCAAUUCACACGCCUCCAAUACAGAGGGUUUGGCCAAUCCGGCUGUACACUUUUUCCGGGGUCUCAAGUCACGCAAUAUGAACGCCAUUAGGCAUGCAACGCAACGCGGUAUAACGCAAUGGCAGCAGCUACACGGUCACAAUCAGGGUAACUUUGAUUUCCUCAUGAAACACCGCAGCAACCCGCUGAUAAUCCAGGGUCUGCGUACCAAUCCCAAGGAUGCAGAAAGUCACAUUUUAUUCUUCGACAUAGAGGGCUUGAUUUUCGAGCUGCACAGCGAGGAGUAUGCCAAAAUGACCCCAGCCGAACUAGAGACUUUGGGCGUAAUAAUUAACAAUCCCAAAGACAAGGCCCUGCAUGUGGAGGCCUCCAAAAAGAUUAGCGAUUUCUUUGGCAAGGUAAAGAACAAAGCAGGCGAUAUGGAGAAAAUGCUGAAGGACAAAGACAAACAUGGUUUGGUCCAGAAAUUCAAAGAAAAAACAGAAAUUGUAGAGAAGAAGGUUCAAGCCAAAGUCCAGGAAAGCAUACAGAAGGUGCUCGAACCCCAGGACAUACCCGAAGAUGGUUCGACCGAUUUGAAAUCCAAAAUGGCCUCAAAAAUGGAAGUUACACACGUCAUGGAAGUAGCUCAACUGCUACUGUCCCUGCUGCACUCUUGGGGCUUGGAUACCCAUUUGGAUAAAGUUUGUGAGUCACAAUUGGGUCUAUUGCGACCCAUGGUACCCGUCUCCUUUGGUAUUCUCUCCAAGGGAGGCUACAUGUCCCUACUACUGCCCACUUGGCAGAACAACUUCGAACUAGGCGAGGGAAUUGUGGUUGCAAGCAGCUCUAAAAAGCGUGACAUUCCAGCCGAAUUGCUGCGUCAAGAACAGCUUACAGCCGUAUUCACCUCCCGUCUGCACUGGGAAUUGAGCACCACCCUUACCUCUAAUCACAUUUUGGCCUUGGUGGCCAUGUCCAAUACUUUGUUAUCCAUGAAUUCGGCCUCCUUUCUGCCCGACAGCGAGCGCAGUAAAAAACUAUUGCGCCUGGCCCAACGUUCCGAGUCGCAAAUGGCCACGGAAGAGGAACGUGAAGAACUGCUGGCCCAUCACAUUUCACAAAUCAAACAGGGCUGGAGUCUGUUGUCCACACAUCAUUGCUUUUUGUUGCCGGAUAAAAUUGAAGCUUUAGAACCAAAGAAAUUCAAACGGCCCCAGGUGGAAAUGAUGGCGAAACGUUGGCAGCACCACUGCAUUGAAAUACGAGAGGCAGCUCAACAGAUUUUACUCGGCGAGUUGAGGCGCAUGGGCAAACGUGGGCGUAAGCAGCUGGUAGAGAGCUGGGCUCAAUAUCUGCCAAUGUAUACGCACACAGAACCCAUCGCCCAACAAGUUCAUCAUGCCGCCAACGGAGCCAACGGUCAUUCCAAUUCAUCUCUGGGCAAUGCUGGUGGCAUGGGUCACAAUGGUGAUGGGCUAGAUGGCGGUGAAGACUACGAAGAAGAGGAGGAGGAGAUAAUACGCAAGCCGUCCAGUUUAUCGGAGCUAAAGCGUAAACAGACCACUGCUGUGAUAUUAUUGGGUGUGAUUGGAGCUGAGUUUGGUCAGGACAUAAAUCAGGAUUCACCUGUUCGUGGCACCAGUAUUACUACCAUCAGCGGCGAGAGGAGAAAAUCGUCGGUGGUUGAAGGUUUUGGUAUAGCCAAUAAUUUGGCACGUCUCACAUCAAUGGCAUUGGCCCAUCUCUUGUAUGCCCCACCCACACCUAAGUUGCCUCAGUACACCCCUCUAAGGCGGGCUGCAAUCGAUUUGCUGGGACGUGGUUUCACAGUCUGGGAACCGUAUUUGGAUGUUAGCAAAGUAUUACUGGGUCUGUUGGAAUUGUCAUGCGAUGGCAAAUCGGUGCCAAACCUCAACUACAAACUCCCUCUAACACCACAAGCUGAUGCCUGCCGAACAGCAAGACAUGCUCUGAGGUUGAUUGCCACAGCGCGACCUGCAGCCUUUAUAACAACAAUGGCCAGAGAGGUGGCCCGUUACAAUAGUAUGCAACAGAAUCCGCAAUCAAUAAAUGUGCCAUUGACGCAGUCGGUGUUGUUCAAGGCCAAAGGAGAAAUACUGCAGUGCGUCGAAAUGCUGAUAGACAAAAUGCAAGCCGAAAUUGCCAGCCUUCUGGUCGAGGUAAUGGACAUUACCCUACACUGUUUGGAUAACUCCGAGCUGAAGACACGCGGUUUGCCCGACGUCUGCCCGGCCAUAUGCCGUUUCAAUCAGGUAUCACAUUGCACCCAGACACGACGAAUUGCUGUGGGUGCCAUCAAUGGCCAUUUGGCCAUUUACGAACUGCGACAGAACAAGUGUCAAAUGAUACCAGCCCAUACACAUCCGAUCACCUCGUUGGCAUUUUCACCCGACGGCAAGUACUUGGUCUCAUAUUCAUGCAAUGAAAAUCGUUUAUCCUUCUGGCAAACUAGUACGGGUAUGUUUGGCUUGGGCCAAUCACAGACCCGUUGCACCAAAGGCUAUUCCACGGCACCAAUACCGGAUGUGUCGCGUCUCAACCCCAUGCGUUUGGCCAAGCUGGUGUGGAUCAAUAAUCGUACGGUGACGCUGAUGUUGGCCGAUGGUUCGGAAACGCGUUUUAAUGUCUAAGCGACAACGAAACGAACGAACGAACGGACGGACGGCGGAGUGUUGUGAUGGAAUGAAUCGUGGGACGUUCGUUUUGGUGCCGAAAGACAUUUACCCAACGGUAUUAUAUGGACAUCUUACCACACAACCCCCACGCCCGUUGGUGGGGGCCAUUGUGGAGAUGUUGAAUUUAAACUAUAUAAUGUAGCCGCAGAGCAGCAUGAUGUGUCUAAUUAAACAAGCAAAAAAAAGAGAACCCUAUUCACGUUUCGAUGUUAAACUAAUUUUAAAUAAAAACAAAGAAAAUAACUUGUUUGCAAAUAUUUUUAAACGACCUCUGGGUUGGGGGCGCAAUGAUGACCUCCACACCCAAUUUUUAAACAAAAAUAAAUUCCUUUCUUUAAUUAGAAAACACAAGAAAAUAAUAAAAAUUAAAAAUAAAAAAACGAAAAAAUGCCAUUGAGUAAACCAAACACCAAAUCCUUAUAUUGUUAACAUAAAAAAAAAGAAAACAAAAAUCCUCCAAGAAAUUUAUUUUUGAUUCAUUUUGAAUCCAAAGAACAAAUCAAGAAAUUCAAUCCAAUCCAAUCAAUUACUUAUUAGAUGUCGGCGAACUUUGUUUUGAAAGCAUACAGCAAUCAUAAAUACAUGAAGGUAUUAUAUACAUACAUAUAUAUAAUAUAUAGAAUGCAUGGCAAUUCAAUGUUAGUUAAAAGACAAUGAUGGAAGCGAAGGGAAGGGAGUAAAGGACCGGAACAUUUGGAAGACUAUGAGUUAAUUUUAAGAAGUUAGUGUGUGCUUAAUUGGAAUAGUAUUACUAGGUCCUUUUAAAUAUACUAUCUAAAGUCAAAUAUCGGCUUGGAGGUCAUACCUAAUUUUACCCAGUUAGUAUGGGGUAUAGGCUUCAAGUUCGUUCCUCUUUGGUUUGAUAUUUCCUAGAAUAUUUUGGUAGCCAUUGUUGUCAUUGCCAUCGUCAUUGUCAUAGUCGUAGCUAAAGGAAUCCCAAAAUCCCCAAAUAAGACACAAUUAAGAAAAACGAAAAAAAUAGCAAAACAUUAAUUAAAAAAAAAUUAAAAUAAACUAUGAAAAAAGGCAAACAUAUAACGAACACAAAAAAAAUAUCUAAGAAAAUAUGUUAGAAAAUUAAAAGAAAACACAUAUUUAAUAAAGAAAACUAUAUAUACACAAUUAACUGUUAUACGAAACGAUAAUGAUAUUUGUUAAACUGUUAUAAAUUGUUUUUAUUAUUAUUAUUAUUAAAAUUAAUUAUAAUUAUUAUUCCUACACUUAAACAAAUAAAAGAAAACAAACUACACAAAAGAAUACAGCAACAACAAUUUUAGAAGAUUAGCAACAAUUAUAACUACUUUUAUUCAGCUGCUGCUGUUGUUGUUCGGUUUUUCUUUUCGAUUAAAUCACAAAAACAGAAGAACAGAAAAUUCAAUUUUAUUUGCAUUGUAUAGUAGUAAGUGUAACUAUUGCAAAAACCAGAAAACAACAACAAUAAUAUAUAAAUAUGUAUUGUGUUUUAUGUAUAUGAAAAUAAUAAAAUAAAAAACAAUUACUUAUAUAUAUUUAUGAAAUAAUAACAGAGCAAAGAAAUAUUCUAUAUAAAUAGAAAAAUUACACAAAAUGUUUUCCUUGGUUUUAAUUUCCCCUCCCCCACCCCUGUUGCAACAAACUAAAAUUGCUUCAAACACCCCCACUUUCUCCCCUCCAAAGGUAUUGGCAGGCCUGUAGAUAAACAGCAAAUUAUAAAUAUUAAAUUAAAACUGAAAACAAAUCCCUUAAUAGACAUCAAAAAACUUUUAAAUCUUUUUGUAUCUUUAUGUGUGUGUACUAGUAGUAGUAGAAGUAAAUUGUUAAUAUAUCUUAAAUAAAUUAUUUUUUUUAACAAGUUGUUCCUUUUUUAAUUUUCCUACAGUCCUUUUUAAAAUACAUGUGCAAUGCCUGCCGAUACCAUUUUCUCCCCUCUUUACCUUAUUUUUUUGAAUUCUACAAAAACCAGAAAAAAACUAUAUAGUAUUUUCAUUACACAUAAACAUACAUUUAUUGUAUUAUUUAGUUAUAUUCCUUUCCUUAAAAUAAAAUAAUAAAUUGACACAGUCAUUAAAUUAAAAAAAAUAUUUUUUUUUUUGGAUAUUUAAGUCAUAUUUAUUAAUUUCUCAUCACAAAAUUGAGAUGUUGUGAAUUUACGAAAAUCUUUUUGGCUGCCAUGUUUUAAGAUGGAGGGUACAUUUAAUUUCAAAACUUCGAAAUAAUUGUCUGAGAUCAACAAAGUAGACUUAAUCUUAGUACACUUAAUCCAAGCCUUUGGCCUUGAGAGAGUCUAGAAAAAAAUGUUGCGCAAACCUACAACUUAAGGCCUUAAGGGAAUCCAGAAUAAAUCCUGUAUGAGUUCACGCCAAAUAUUUAAAAUCAUGCUUUCAGACCUUGAUGAAGUCUAAAAAGGACAAGCCUUGUGGCUUGAGAGAGUCUAGAAAAAACAAAUUUUGAACAAAUUUACGAUUUAAGGCCUUAAGGGAUUACAGAAAAAAUCUUUUAUGAGUUCACGCCAAAUAUUUCAAAUCAUUCUUUCGGGUCUUGAGGGAGUUUAAAAAAAGUGUUGGGCCUCGUCGCCGUAGGACCUUGAGGAAGUCUAAAAAUUCAAGCCUUUGGCCUUGUGAGAUUCUAGAAAAAAUCUUUAAAGAGUUCGCGCCUGAAAUAUAAAAUCAGCUUUCGGGCCUCGAAGGAGUUUAGAAAAAUAGUUUUACAAAACUAUUUGUUUUUUAUCGAAUCGACGCCUUCAGGCUUUGAGGGAGUCUAGUAAAAAUCUUUGAACAGUCCAUGCUAUCGGGCCUUAUGGGAGUGUGGAAAAUUUUUUGAAAAGUCCACGCCAUCGGGCCUUAGUGGAGUGUGGAAAAAUCUUUAAAAAGUCCACGCCAUCGGGCCCCAGGGGAAUGUAGAAAAAUCUUUAAAAAGUCCACGCCAUCGGGCCUUAGGGGAGUGUAGAAAAAAUCUUUAAAAAGUCCACGCCACCGGGUCUUGAAGAAGUCUACAAAAAAUCUUUAAAAAGUCUAUGCUUUCAUGCCUUGAGGGGGUCUAAAUUUUUUUUUGAAAAGUUCACGACUUCAUGCCUUGAGGAAGUCUAGAAAAAAUCAUUGAAAAGUCCACGCCUUCAGGACUUGAGGGGGUCUAGGAAAAUCUUUGAAAAGUCCACGACUACAGGACUGGAGGAGGUCUAGAAAAAAAUCGUUAAAAAACCCAUGCCUUCGGACUUUGGAAAACCUAGAGAAAUUUCUUUAAAUUUCUAUUAAAAAGACCAUGUCUUCAUGCAUUGAGGAAGUUUAGAAAAAACCUUUAAAAAUCCAUAAAAAUCGUGACUUGGAAUCCUUGGAGUUGCCUAGAAAAAAAUAUUUAAAAAGUCCACGCCAUCAGAUCCUUGACACGUCUAGAAAAAAUCUUUAAAAUGUUCAUGUCUUUGGACCUUGGAGGAGUCUAGAAAAAUUCUUUAAAAUGUUCAUGCCUUCGGACUUUGGAGGAAUCUAGAUAAAUUCUUAAAAAGUCCACGCACACACACUCUGAGGGAGUCUAGAAACAAUUUUAACAAAUUCACGCCUUCGAACCUUAAAUGAGUCUAAAAAAUCUUUAAAAAGUCCACGCCUUCAAGCCCUAAGGGAAUCUAGAAACAAGUUAAACAAAUUUACGCCUUCGACCCUUAAAGGAGUCUACAAAAAAUCUUGAAAAAGUCCGCGCUUUCGGGCCUAGCAGAAAAAAUCUUUAAAAAUUCAGGCCUUCGGUCCUUGGAUGGGUCUAAAAAAUAUUUAAAAAUUCCACGAUUUCAGACCCCGAGAGAGUCUAGAAAAAAUAUUUAAAAAGUCCACGAUUUCAGACCCCGAAAAAAAUUAACAAAUGCACGCCUUCGGACUUUGGAGGAGUCUAGGAAACAACUUUAAUAAGUCCACACACCUUUAUAAAAUUUUGAUAUUUAUUUAAUUUUAAGAAUAUUCAUAAAAUUGGUGUUUUCGAGUUCAAUUUCGAAUCGUCAUACAGAAACUCUAGAGAAGAGACCUUCACAGAGACUUUCCUAAGGUUGGAACUAUGUUUCCCCGCACAAAUUCUAAAUUGGAAGGCUUAAUAAGACAUAUUGUCCCCUGGUUAUAUAUCAGCAACUGUUAAAGGCUGUGCAAUUUAUAUUUUUAAAAAUCUUAUUUUUAAUUUAUUUGCUACUCCCCAUUUUUAGUUCACAUAAAUAUGCACACAAAAUACCUAACAAUUGUAAACGAAAAUUAUCUAAAACUUAUUAUAUGUAACAAAAGUAAAUGACAUAAGAAAUUAACUAAAACAAAAAACAAAACUAUAAAUUACUAAAACACUUCACUAACCAAAUUAAAAAAAAAAUCUUUGGAAAACAAAAAAAAAAAAAAGGACAAACAAUUGUUGCAAUUAAAAAGUAUAUAUAUACACAUAAUGUAAAUGCGGCUUAUGUUUAAUAUUCCCGCUUUUUUUCCUCCUCUCUUUCCCAAAAA